GCAUUCCCGCAUCCCGACUGCACAGUUGUGUGUCAUCAACAGUUGUUGCUCCAACAUUUUAGUAUCAUUCCCUUUUUUUCUUCUUUAAGCUGUAUCCCAUCAUGUCCGGCUCCAAACACGUCGAAUGGGAUGAGCAGAAUCUAACUGCCAACGCCGAGUACCAGCGGCAGCACCCCGUCACGUUACACAUUACCGAGCCGAAGACGCCGUACUCCUACGUCGACGGCGAAGACAUGGAGGAGGAUGAGGAGCGGAGCGAGAUUGCCCAAAAAUGGGACCCCGCCGUCAACGCCAAAGUAAAGGAGAUGCGAGAGCAGAUUGAGUCAGACAUGUCAGAGCGGCCCAAGGCACCCCUUUCGAAGAGCGGGCGACCCAUGCUGCACCCCGGCACGGCCACAGGCGAGCUCAUGGCGGAACAGCACAAGCGGGAGUUUAGCAAGAUGCGCAAGGCGGUGUACGCGGAUGAGGGGGCGAUGUUUAAGAAGGCUCUGGAGCAGCGCGACGACGACGACGAGGACGAUGAGGAGCAGGAAGGCUAG